AUGGCAGCAAUCAAAUCGCCAGAUCGCGUUUGGGCGCUGCACGACUUUGAGGCCGAAAACCCGGACGAAGUCUCCUUCAAGGCCGGCGAGUGCAUCAUCGUCGUAGAAAAGGACGACGAAUACGGCGAUGGCUGGUGGCAAGGCACCAACGAGAACGGUCACACCGGCCUCUUUCCUUUUACCUACACCACCGUCGAUCGCAACGUCGCGCUCAGCGCUCAAUCCGGCACUGCUACCCCCGUCCUCGGCGCUCCUCAGGGUGCAGCCGCCAGCACACAGCCGGGCGUAAUGCACUCCACCAUGGCCGACAUCGACAACGCCCUCACCGAGUUCCAAGCACCGGGCAGCGUUAAUGGCACUACUACAGGCGUGGGUGCAGGUGCAGGUGCUGUAGCUGGUGCCGGAGCAGGUGCAGCUGGACUUGCUGCCACUCGCGGCGUCGACUCCUCUUCCGCUUCCUUCACCAGCGAUCGGUCCGAUGUCGACGCGCAGUCCGACAACUACGGCGGAUCCGCCGACGACUUUGCCAGCAGACCCGUCGCCGCCCGCGCUGCCCUUGCCGCCAACGCCCAAAAAGAUCUGGCCGACGAUGCAGAACGUCAAAAGCAGGAACAGCAACGCAUGCGUGCCGAGGCGCAGCAAGCUUUCGAGCAAGAGGAGGCUCGUCAACGCGAGCUGCUUCUGGAGAAGGAGAAAGAACGCCAAGCCAAGCUGGCAGCAGGCGAGCUUGACCUGACCGACGAAAAGUCCAAAGCUGCUCCCAUCGAUGGUGUAGACAUGAGCGACGAGAGCGACAGUGAAGGCUCCGUUGUGGCCGCCCUCAACGACUUCCAGGACAACAAGACGCACAGUCCCCUUUUCGGCAAUCUCGCCUCUACCCCUACAGCCGGCGUCGCCGCACGAGAGAUCCAACAACCUACCUCGAACUUGCAGGGCAUCGCCGAGGACCAAGCUCUGUCUCAGCCGGCGACACAGGCACCAGCAGAAGCGGCUUUGCCAUCUCCUCUCGCUUCCAACGACUCCAGUGCUGCCACCGCGCCAGAACCCGACACUGUCCUUGCACCCGCCAUCGCAGCCGGUGUAGGCGCUGUUGCGCUCGGUGGUGUUGCCGCUGCGUCAUCGACCGCACACGCCGUGACCGGUCACGAGCCAUCCGCCGACGCCUCCUCUGCUGUCGGAUCGUCCGGACCUGCCGCAGAUGAAAGCGUUCGUUCCGUUGCCGGCGACAGCAUCAAGACGGGUACCGGCACAGGCAUUGCUACUGGCACCGGCACGGCAGCCACCUCGAUCGGAACACCGACGCUCGAUGACGCGACCCACAGCAGUUCUGCCGCCGCUGCUGCGCAACCCAAAAGCUUCCACGCAUUAGCCAACUUGCCGAGUGACCCGACCGAGUGGAACGUCGACCACGUCGUCGAGUGGGCCCGCUUCAAGGGCUGGGACGAGGCGGCCGUGGUCAGCAAGUUCCGCGAGCACGAGAUCUCGGGCGAUGUGCUUCUCGAGAUGGACAUCAACAUUCUCAAAGAGAUCGACAUCAACGCCUUUGGCAAGCGGUUCCAGGUCGCGAACGGGAUCAAGGAACUUCGCGCACAGACGUCGGGCGCUCCACCUACCCCGGGUCUCUCUCAGCCUCCUCACGGCGACAGCACUCUGGGUAGCCCAGCUAUCCUCGGCGGCCCUGGUGCAGCAGGCAGCGCCGCCGCCACUCCCACGUACUCACCUCAUUUGGGUGGCGGAUCCAACAACGGCAGCAAUGCCGACGGACGCAGUCUCAGCGCACGGAUGGCCGAGACCAGCCUGGAUCCCGGCUAUGGACCUCCUUCGAACUUCAACGGAGGCGACCGGGACCGCGACAUGUACAACAGCCCGAACGCAGGGCUUGGCCCGGGCGGAUUCGGCGGACCAGCUGGUGUCGCCGCCUGGCAGGCGCAGCAAGCUGGUCAGCGAGCCCCCUACCGCCAUCCGAGCGAGGGCAUGAUGCGCGGCAGCGGAGACGUCCCCGUCUCUCCCGGCAACACGUCCCAGUUCGGCCUGCCUAGUCCACGCUACUUCCCCACCGGUGGCCCCAACGAGGAUCGUCUCGGCGCCUUGCCUCCUCCGUCGCCACGCAAACGCGAAUCGAGCGGAUCGGCCCUGUCGGAGAAGAACAACCGCACCAGCUUCUUUGGUCUCGGUCAACGCAACCGCAAGCCUCCCCCCGCGCCGGCAGGAGGUGCGAGCAGCAACGGCCACGACGACGACAGGAGCAGCAAGGGGACGCUCUCGCGUCUGGGCUUCGCACGUGCCUCGAGGAACAUCAGCUCGCAAUCUUCGCAGUCCAAUAUCCGGGACCAGAUCUCGUUGCCUACGGACAGUCCGAGGUUCGACACGAACGGCGAUACGGCUCGACGACAGAGGCAGUCGACGAGCGGAGGCACGGUCUUGGGAGCGGCGACGGGGGGAAUGGGCAUGCCCGCCAAUGCGCGACCGACGAGCGUCGGUUCCGCCGGCGCCGACGUUUCCGGUCCUGGCGCUGGUGGUCCCGCUGCCCCUCCUGGCGCUGCAGCCAACGGGCCCGUCAUGUCGCGCAUCCAACCUGUCGACCUCGAAGGGUGGAUCAAGAAGAAGGGCGAGCGAUACAACUCGUGGAAGCCGCGUUACCUUGCGCUCAAAGGACCCGACCUCGUCAUCCUGCGCGACCCACGUGCCGAAAAGAUCAAAGGCUACGUCAACAUGAAAGGCUACAAGGUGAUUGCGGACGAAAACACCAAUCCGGGCAAAUACGGGUUCAAGAUCCUGCACGAGAGCGAGAAGCCGCACUACUUUUCGAGUGACGAUCCCAUUUUGGUGAGGGAGUGGAUGAAGGCGCUGAUGAAGUCUACGAUUGGGAGGGACCACAGCUUCCCCGUGAUUUCGAGCUACAACAAUGCGACGAUCUCGUUGAAGGAGGCGCAGCGGAUGAAUCCGCCCCCGCGACCCCCGAGCCCGACUAGCAGGGCUAGGACCCAGAGGGCAAAGGCGAGACCCAAUCCCGAACAGCUGACGGCAAGAGACGCCGCGAUUCUCAUGAACUUGACCAGCGGUCAACAGACUAAGCCGGACGAUGUGUAG